AUGUAUCACAAAAAGUGUUUCAAGCUUAUUUCAUCCGACUAUCUGGGCCCCUUUCAAAAGGUUGUCGCUUUCAAGUGCUCAGUUGUCGACCUCCACCUCAUGCUCCAUCUCGCGGCCUUGGCCGUAGCCGCGUUUCUCGUUCUCAAUAUCGGCAGUUCGGUAUGCACCACGCUUCUCUUGCUCCAGUCUGCUGCCACUGCCGACGCCGCGCUUGACAUUCUCAAUGUCGGCAGCUCGGUAAUCACCACGCUUCUCGUGCUCCAUCUCGCGGCCACUACCGAGACCGCGUUUCUCGUUCUCAAUAUCGGCAGUUCGGUAUGCACCACGCUUCUCUUGUUCCAGUCUGCUGCCACUUCCGACGCCGCGCUUGACGUUCUCAAUCUCACGGCCAGCUUCACCACGCUCAAGCAAGGUAGGGGCAGCGAGAGCCAGACCGGCAGUCAUUGCGAGCACAAGAGCAGAGAGCUUCAUUUUGGCAGUUAUAGACUAAAUGGCUGGGUGAGCCGAUGA